UUAUGGAAAGAAAUCGAAGGAGGAAGAACCGUAAACGAUUUCAUUUCUCUGAAAAAUCUCAGCCGUGUUAAGAGCAAAUAAACUACGAUCUUAUUUUGAUCUUUGUUUUUGAUAAGAAUAUGUCGUUCCAGUUCAUUUUCUUUGGUGUCAGCGUUCUUUUGCAUUGCUGCGUGUUCGGUUUAUCAGAUGAAGAUAGAAAUUUAAUUAGCAAUCAUGCAUUAAAUGCAACAAAUACAAUGAAUGCACCAUUAACGCCUUUGCCAAAAAAUGAAGUACGACAAUUUCAAGGAAAUUAUCAUUUUCCUUCAUUUACAUCUGGAUCGCAAAGAUGUCCUUUGUGUGAUAGUUCGGUAUAUCCUUAUUGUGGCGAGAAACUGUUACAUGAUGCCUGCUGUUGUGUCGAUUCUCAUGAUUUGCCUUAUCAAUGUAGAUUAGCGGACUGCCGAUUUCUGCAUGCCAAUACUUGUAGGGAACACAGAUUGAUCGCCAAUUGUUGCUGUAGCGACGAUUAUCGAGCUGUCUUAAAAAGUUUCGCACAAAGAUAAAUUUAUUAUAUAAUACAUAUUUAUCAUCCGUGGCAAAAAAUAUAAUCGAAUAAUU